UCAGCGCAGCUCUGUGGAUGUGGUCCGCAACCGAAGCGGCCCGCAUCGAGUAGUUGGUGCCGUCGUUCGCUUCCGUCGUCACUGGGUCGGUCGUCGUAACGGCCCGAUCGCGCCGCGCGCGCGCGCGUGAUCAGUGUUUUCUUGAUUCACCAGCACGGAUGUUGUUGGCUUGUCCUGCGCGCCGCCAGUGACCUCCGCUGCCAGUGGUUUCCGCUGUUUCGAACGCAGGAGAAGGAUCCCCGACCCUUACUCUGAGGUGGUGGGGGGCUGUUGGCAACGGGACGGCGUUGUGUUUCCGUCCGGUGCCGGGAUCGCGGGUCUUGUCGACGACGCCGUGCGUCGGUUUCUUUUUUCCCACGGGCCGCGCUGCUCUUCCUGUCGCCGGCUCUUUCUGCAGCGGCCACCGUUCCUCGGAUUAUCUUCCCUGCAUUUCCGGACGUACUACGACGCUUUCCGAAGUGUCCCGGACGCCGCCGGCUUCUUCUCUUCUGGUCGUCUCCGCAUCUUCCGGUGGCGCUCGGAUGGUUCACAGUCUGGCUUUGUAAACCGAUGCUGACGAGUGUCCUUGACGCGACAAGCGGUGCCAUCGUCACGCUUCUACAGCAAGACUCGUCGCUCGUCAAGCCAUGCCAGGAUAACCGGCUGUGACAGACUCUGUUCGCAUCAAGCCACCGUAAACGUGUGUCGUCAGUGCGGCGGGAGUGCGACGAUGACGGUGGAACGAGGACAGUGCUUACCACGAGCGAGUCCGUGCCGCACGUGAUGCCUCCGGCAGCAGCCAUGUGGUGUGCAGCGCUGGCGCUGCUGCUCUGCGCCGCGGCAGCCGCGGGUCUCGAGUCGCCUUCGGGCAGCGGCGCGGCCACCUCGUCGUCGUCCUCCUCCUCCUCCUCCUCCUCGGGUCACUGUCCCAGCGCUUGCACCUGCAAGUGGAAAGGCGGCAAGCACACCGCCGAGUGCGUCAGCCAGGGUCUUUUCUCCGUGCCCGUGGGUCUGCCCCCGGGGCUACAGGUGAUCCACCUGGAGCGGAACAACUUCCACUCGCUGCCCGGCCGCACGUUCCAGGAGCGCGGCCUGGUCAACCUCCAGCGCGUGUUCCUAUCCCAGUGCCGGCUGGGGCGAGUGGCACGGGACGCCUUCCAGCAGCUCACCAACCUGGUCGAGCUGGACCUCAGCUGGAACCUGCUCACGGCCGUGCCCAGCGCCCCGCUGCGGGGGGUGCCCCACCUGCGACGGCUGCAGCUCAGCGGCAACCCGAUCGCGCAGCUCGAGAACGCCAGCUUCGUGGGCCUCCAGCACCUGACGUACCUGCACCUGUCGCGGUGCCAGCUGCGCUCCAUCGAGCCCGGCGCACUCGACGGGCUGCCGGCGCUCGAGUUCCUGCUGCUCGACAACAAUCGACUCACUACGCUGCCGGCGCAAGCGGUGUCACCCCUUCCAAGGCUCUCGACGUUACAUCUGCAGGGCAACCCGUGGCAAUGCGACUGCCGGCUGAGCAGCCUGCGCCGAUGGAUGCGCACCCGCAACAUCCCGCUGGGAGAGCCGCCUCGCUGCGCGGGGCCUCCGCGGCUCGAGUCCGCCUCGUGGGACGAGCUCUCGCUCGAGCAGUUCGCCUGCCCGCCGCAGGUGCACGCCGACUCUCUGGUCAGCGUCCAGGAAGGGCGCAACGCCACGCUCGUGUGCCGCGUGCGCGCCGACCCACCCGCCGUGCUCAGAACAAUUUGUCUCGGUCACACUUGUUGCCUUUCUUCUUCCUUAGCAUUUUGUCCUUGUGUCACGUUGUGUUUUAUCUGCACGAACGCUAUUGUGCUGUACCGGAAAAUACGUUAUAUAGAUGAAACUUAUCGUUUUUUUUCUUCUGCUUUUCUUAUCUUUAAGAAAAUCGGACAUUCUGAACUGCUUUUUGUCGUGCCUGAUCAUCAUCUGCGUUUCUUGCCUUGUGCAGGAUGGGAGGCGGCCGACUGGGGUGCCGGCGCCUGGAACUCAACGAACGGCGAAGCGGGCCCAGACUUGGACUCGGCCCGCUUCCAAGUGCAGCGUGAGCAGAGCGGGCCGUUCCAGUUGAGCUGGCUGUCCGUGGCUCACGCGGGUCCCUACGACGCGGGCGUCUACAUCUGCGUGGCCGAGAACCGCGCCGGCCUGCGGGCCGCCAAUACGACGCUGGCCGUGGUGCAGGCGCCGCCGGUUGCCAGCGGCCUCUCGAGGACCCACAAGGUGGUCAUCGUGCUGGCCAGCUUCCUGGCGCUGGUCAUACUGGCCCUGCUACUGUGCUUCGUCGUGGCACGGCAACGGGCUCUGGCUGCCUCUAGGGCCAAGUUUCCGGGCAUGCUCAAGCAGCUGGCGCGCAAGGCAGACCUGGUCGAAGUGGCAACUCCAAGCGACACCAAGGCGGCACAGCUGGCCGCCAUGCAGCAGCGAUCGCCCCACGAUGGCUCGGCGCAGUCGCCCACGGACCCCGGCGACCGGACGACGCCCGACCUGGUUCAUGGCAAGAGUGGCGCGGGACUGGACUAUUCCAGGCAGCCGAACGGGUACGGACCCGUGGGCAACGGCUACGUUAACCCAGCCGACCCCUGCUACGGCCAAUACGCGCUCCACGACCGGUACCUCGAAGAGCCACCCGAACCACCACAGAGACACGGCCUCUACUCGCCGGCCGAACCGUCAGCAGCAGCGGCGGCUGCGCAGUGGAGGGUAGUCGAACCGGCAGCCUCGUCUUGGAAGCGGAACCCGGUAGCCGCACCUCCAGUAGCGGCGUGCGUGGCAGUCGGCGUAGAUACCCGUUACUCUCCGGACGAAGGGUACGGCGAGGGCAACUACGAAGGUACCGAGGUGUGAGCGAAGCAUGGUGAUAGUGCUGUAGGAUCAACUUGGCAGCCGCUGAUCGACCACAACGCGCAGAAGGCCGGACGCAGACAAAAAAAGUUAUUCUCAAGGCGGAAGGUUGUUUGAACGGCAAGGACACCCCGGUCUAGUCCCGCGGUACUAUCGUGGAAGAUUGCAGAAGCGGGAAAGAAACAACGCAAGAACCAAACAGGGCCUGACGAAUAACACCGAGCUUCUUGCUUGGAACGGGCCGGCAUCGUCACUCGUAUAAGGCCGGAAGCCAACACUCAGCGUGAUGCAGGAGAGUGGAACGUUUGUAACAACGAACUGGGCGGCCAAAUGGUGUAAAAGUCUAUUUUUCACUACGCGAGAAGUGACAGGCCGUAUCCGUGGUCGGAAAACGACACCUCGCAAAAGUAUGGCGAACCAUGGGACUAAUCUCCAGCGUGCUUGGAAAACGUGUAGGCUUACUCAAAAGAACUGCUCUCGCGUUGUAUGUACAGAGUUUUCAGUCUAGUGGAACCCACGAUACCCCGUGUUUGUUUCCGUAUCCUCCGUUCCUUCCGUUUCAUGUGCAACGGCAAGUCAGUGAGUAGUGGAAUAUACCCGACGUGUCCGUGCAUUCGCGAGUGGUUUUUGUCAACUUUUGAAGAAAAAAAAGUUGUUUUGUGAACUUUGCAACGAAUUCUAAUUUAUGAAUGACUGAUCUUCAAAAGUGAGAACAGAAACUGACUGCGUGUGCGGCACAUUCGUGAAACACUGUGUGUUUUACAGACGCAUUGGUCUACACUGGCUCGGUCGCGAGCGAGCGAGAAUCCCAGUGACUUGGGGUUUACUGAACUGGUUCCUAAGAUGCCCUCCACAUGUGGCGUGCUGUAACUGAAAUACGAAAAGCGAGGCAUUUUGGACUAACGCGUACACAGCGCUUGCCCGUCCACAAAACGCCACUAACACACGCACAGAGCUGACACAAACCAGAACAAAGUGGUGACAAGCUGAACAACAUUGUGACGCCCUGAAGAGAGUCGCGUGGUGAACUUGGUUUCAGUGUCCACGAGAACAUUUCAGUGAACCCUUAUACAUACACUUAUAUAUAUAUAUAUUAUUGCGUGUGAAGAUAAGCGCCCUUGUACAUAUUUAUUACCAAAUGUUUGUCGUGACAGUGAAACUUCCGAAGGCUGCAAAUGAACGCCAAUAAAGCUGUUGUGCCAGAA